AUGCGGCUCUGCAGAGGCCCACGUGGGAAGCGCAAGCAUCCAGAUGACAUCCGUGCGGACCAUUGUAGCGACAUGUUCGGGUGGAUGUAUGGAGACGGAUGCUCUCCAGGCCAUUUCUUGGUGUUGGCACCCAAUCGCGUUGGGUGCCCACACUGGCGCUUCACAGGAGGCAAGAGCAGCCCGACCUGCCUGCCAAGCUUCGCCAGGUAUUCGGAGCAUGAACAACUUCUGGCCGUGUACGUCUCAUGUCUUCCCAGCCUGCUCAAUCUCUCCAUCUCGGUCCCCAAGAUCCCGGCCCAGGCGAUGAAUCUUGCCCAGAAGCUGCUCCUGUCUGCCCCUGUCACCUUAAUCACCACUCACCGAAUCACCAGCCCUCGGCCCCCAGCCUCCUUGCCGCUGCUGACCGGCCAGCCUGCUAGUCGUCCUGCCUGGCCUGGCCCAGUCGCCCAGGUCACACUACCACUUGCUAGGUCACCUCGCCACAGGAUCCUCCACGAGCCGCAGGACCAAGUGGUGUCGAUCGCGGCCCUGCCGCACCUCCUCGCUGGCAUUGCGACGUCUUGUUCAUCGCAACAGGGCGUUGGAUCGUCUCUGUCCUCGCUGCUGCCCCUCGCCGCGCCGCCGUGCCCAGGUGAAGCAGAGCGAUGA